GUGAAGGUAUGUGGUUAAGCCUUAUACAUGAGUCUGUGUCCAUGUCUGUUCAUGCAGGGAUUGGCUCGAGGAGCAGAUUUGCGAACUUCAGAUCUCAGAUAUGAACGUUGAACAGUGAUGUCGCAAAAUCGGUUUUAUCGCUGGAUAUGCCUUGUCGUGAAACCCAUGGCAUGCUGCAGUCGCGUUGACGAGUCAUGCAUACCAGCACGGUGGGCUUUGCUGCGGUCUCCAUGCUUCGCCCGUUCCCACAUUGAAGCAUUCAUCCCAUGGCCCGAAGUUCCCUCCGCAUCCUCCAAAGUGUUGCUCCUCUUGGCAUUCUCAUCCAAUAAUAGCAUCCCCACCCCCGAACCCACCCAUGGCCAGAUAUACCCUGGCUGCGGACCUCCCAUCGACCUCCCGACCUCCUUCCGUCCCUACCUGAUCAUGCAGUCGUAUGCGAUACCCUCGCUCGUGUCCUCCUUGCUCAACGUCUCGCCCUCGGGCUGGUCCUCCAUGUUCCCGCCGCCGCCGAAGUGGUCCCCCGAGGAAAUGCCGGACCUCGGCGGGAAGGUCAUGGUCGUGACGGGCGGGAACGACGGGAUCGGGAAGGAGACGGUGAAGGCGCUGCUCGCGCACAAUGCGAAGGUGUAUAUGGCCUCGCGGAACCAGGUGAAGGCGCAGGUGGCGAUUGACGAACUGAAGCGGGAGACUGGGCGAGAGGCGGUCUUCCUGAGGCUUGACCUAGCGAGCUUGCAAUCCGUGAAGACUGCAGCGCAGGAGUUCCUGAGUAAGGAAACGGAGCUGCAUGUCCUGUUCAACAACGCAGGGUCAAUAUACCCGCCGGUGGAAGACGUCACGGAGGAAGGAUACGACCUGCAGUUUGGCACCAAUGUUCUGGGGCACUACUACUUCACCAAGCUUCUCCUUCCCGUCCUGUUGAAGACAGCCCGGCUCUCCGCUGAUGGAAAAGCGCGAGUGGUGCAUGUCGCGUCAGUGGGGCAUGAGUUUGUGAAUGGCAUCGACCUCGAGACGUUGAAGGACGGCCCGAAGAGGAAACGGUGGCAUACCACGAAGUUGUACUUUCAGAGCAAGUUCGGGAAUGUCGUUGUUGCAGACGAGUUCCACAGAAGAUAUGCUGACCAGGGUCUCGUCUCCUUCUCGCUUCACCCGGGGAACUUGAAGUUCGAUACCAAACGGCAUCCAUCUUGGACAAUCAAGCUUCUUGGGAUACUUAAUCCUGUCAUCCCAGGGCCAAAGAUGGGUGCACUCACGCAGCUGUGGGCAGGGACGAUGCCGGAGGGUGUUCACCUGGGAGGGAAGUAUUGUAUUCCGUAUGCGCGGGUCGGCCAAGCGAAGAAUGAGACAGACGACCCAGAGCUGGGGAAGAGGCUGUGGGAGUGGCUGGAGGAGCAGGUUAGGGACGUUGAACCACCGUAUACAGAGACCUGAGUGCUGCGUCGCUGUCGAUGGCUAGUGUGGUUUGUGAAUUGUUCAAUAUUUCUGCGCGUGCGCGGGUUCUUGGUCA